UGCUCAUUCACCCUCUAAAUGGCACACAUGCAAAAUCCUUGUCUUGAUUGUCUCAAGGCUUAAACAUCUUUCUUUUAACAUGUCUCUAGCCUUCAUCUACACUGAUUGGAGUGGAUUUAACAGGUGACAUCAAUAAAGAAUCAUAGCAUUCACCUGUAUUCACCUGGUCAGUCUGUGUCAUGGAAAGAGCAGGUGUUCCUAAUGUUUUGUCAAACAGUAUAAAUACUCAAUGCAAGCAGAAAGAAAAAUAAACACAUUCAUCAAUCAGUAAGCUCAAUCAGCUUUCUGAAUUGCCCUAGAAGCACCAGAAAAUCAAAUGUGGUUCCACCCCAACAUCACCGGCAUCGAGGCAGAGCAGCUCCUGUUGACGCGGGGGGUCCACGGCAGUUUCCUAGCCCGGCCGAGCAAGAGCAACCCGGGGGAUUUUACUCUCUCUGUCAGGCGGAGUGAUGAGGUCACCCAUAUUAAGAUCCAGAAUUCAGGGGACUACUACGACCUCUAUGGAGGGGAGAAGUUUGCCACGCUGGCAGAGCUGGUGCAGUACUACACAGAGCAGCACGACCUCCUCAGAGAGAGGAAUGGAGACGUCAUCGAGCUCAAGUACCCACUCAACUGCAAAGACCCAACCUCCGAGAGGUGGUACCACGGGCACCUCUCUGGGCGCGACGCUGAGAAGCUGCUUACGGACAAGGGCAAGCCUGGCAGUUUCCUGGUGCGCGAGAGCCAGAGUAAACCAGGUGACUUCGUGCUCUCUGUCCUCACCAACGAGGAGAAGCAUGAAAAUGUGGACCGCAAGACCAAGGUUACCCACGUCAUGAUCCGAUACCAGCAGGAUGGGAAGUAUGACGUGGGCGGAGGAGAGAGGUUUGACACGCUAGCUGACCUGGUGGAUCACUACAAGAAGAACCCCAUGGUGGAGAAGAGCGGAAUUGUUGUUCACCUCAAACAGCCCUUCAAUGCCACCAGAAUAAAUGCAGCCAACAUUGAGAACAGGGUAAAGGAGCUCAACAAAGUGGCGGACAACUCCGAGAAGCCCAAACAAGGGUUCUGGGAAGAGUUUGAGGUGCUACAGCAGCAGGAGUGUAAGCUCCUCUACCCCAGGAAAGAAGGACAGACCGCAGAGAACAAGAGUAAAAACAGAUACAAGAACAUCCUCCCUUUCGACACUACGCGGGUGGAGAUCAGGGAAGCAGAUGCAGAUGUGCCUGGCUCAGACUACAUCAAUGCCAACUACAUCAGAAGUAUGCAUGAAGAGGGCUGUCACGUGGAGGAGGGCAAGGUGUUCAUCGCCACCCAGGGCUGCCUUCAGAACACUGUGGUGGACUUCUGGAAGAUGGUCUACCAGGAGAACACGCACGUCAUUGUCAUGACCACCAAGGAGAUGGAGAGAGGACGGAACAAGUGUGUGCGCUACUGGCCUGACCUCAACGCCACUAAGGAGUUUGGGAAAGUGUGUGUGAAGAACGUUGAGGAGCGUCCGGCUCAGGACUACAUCCUGAGGGAACUGGAGGUGACGCGUUUGGACCGGAGGGAGCCGAUGAGGUAUAUCUGGCACUACCAGUACCUGAGCUGGCCUGACCACGGUGUUCCCAACGAGCCUGGGGGCGUGCUCAGCUUCCUGGAGCAGGUCAACCGCACGCAGACCACCAUUCGAGACACCGGGCCCAUUGUGGUCCACUGCAGUGCAGGAAUCGGGAGAACAGGCACCAUCAUUGUCAUUGAUAUUCUCAUUGACAUCAUCAACAGACAAGGAUUAGACUGUGACAUCGACAUCCCUAAGACCAUCCAGAGGGUUCGUCAGCAGCGGUCAGGCAUGGUGCAGACAGAGGCCCAGUAUAAGUUCAUCUACAUGGCUGUCCAGCAGUACAUUGACACGGCACAGAAGAGACUGGAGGAGGAGCAGAGGAAUAAGACAAAGGAGAGGGAGUACUCCAAUAUCAAAUACCCCCAGAUGACCAACGCUCGGUCAAAACCCAACAUGACCUGUGUGUCACGCUCCUCCUCUGUAGUGACGAACGAAGACCCGUCCGCUGUGUAUGAGAACCUGAACAUCAAGAACCCAAGUACCUCUGGGAACAGCAGUAACACCAGGAAGUAAAAGUUCAGCCACAGACCUCUGCCUCUCUCAACCUCUCUUUUCAACAGAGGUGCCGCUUCGCCAGCGCACCAUGGGGGACCUGUGGAGCUCUGGCCCCUGACCCCCUGGCAGUGGAACCCCCCCUCCCGCUGCCCUGCUGGCUGUCUGGAGCCUCCCUCUCCAAGGAUAGAGGGGUACAGCACAGUGCUCUUGUCCUUCUCUCUCUCUUUCUCUUUCUCUCUCUCUUUCUCUCUCUCUCUUUCUCUUUCUCUCUCUCUUUCUCUCUCUUUCUUUCUCUCAAUGACUUCAAGUCUCUACAACCUCUCCUGUCUACGGACAAAGUGCCUCGUCUACAGACAUGUCUGUAACCCCCGUAUUUGGUCCCACAGUUGUUCCGUCUCAUCCCCCAACCCAACAAAUAUCCUUUGCUUAUUUCUGUCGACUCUCGAACUAAAUCGACGCGAGAAACAAACAAUGGUGUACUCAAUGUUCAAGUGAUGUUUUGCUCCAUCGUGUUCAACCAUGAAUGGGGUGGACGGGACAAGAAUGGGUAAAGCUAUGCCGUUUCUCUUUGCGCUGUUGGAAUCCCAAUCUAUUCUCUCUCUCUCUCUCUCUCUCAAUUCAAAGUGCUCACUCUCUCUGCUGGCUAUCAUCUACUUGAACCAAAGACUCUAGCGAUGUUCUGUUUUUGCUAGCAGCAGUCAUUACUGCAGCGUUGAGUAAUGGCGGGGAAACAUUGAAGUGAUCUGCUACCACUGAGGCACUGGCACGGACAAGCAAAGUCCUUACACGACCCUUUCCCAUGAAAGGCAAGAGGAAAGUCAGGAUAUUCCUAAUGGGCCUUUGUCAGUGGGGAGCUGAUUUGUUUAUCUUAUUGGUUCCACCGAUGGUCUUUUGUGCCAUGCUCAUCUACUGUAGUGCUUCCACCAUCACAGCUACUGAGAGCCUAUUGAAUCAAGGAUAAUGAGCUCCUCUCCGGACUCCAUUUUGUUUCUUGUCCUGUGGUUGCUGGAAGGGGGGAGCUUGAAGCUCAAGGAGGGGGAGCUUGAAGCACCAAUUUACUUGUGCAAUUUUUCUAUUUAUUUAGUUUUAAUCUGUGUCCUUUCAAUUCAGUCUUGUUUCUUUUAUUGUUAUUAUUGGUGUGAUUUUGUAAUGUACAGGACAUGGUUUUUAAUGUUAGAUCCAAUUCCAUUAUUAUCAGGCGACAAAAAGCACAAUUCUCUGAAUUUGCAGUUGCUUUGCAGAUCCUGUUUUAUGUGUGUGAAAUUUGAGGUCAACGUCAAACGAUAAAAUCGGUCAGAUCUGCAGUCUGUCUCUCUCUGUGUAGGUUAUAACUCCCGUUGGAUUCUGCGACGGUUUUCCUCCUAAUCGAAUGGCAUAAUAAACAGGGUUAAACCUUUGCCAAGUGAGAGAUAGACAAGGGUAGCAGAAAAUGGGAUAGGGGAGAAGAAAUGUUAGGAUGCCAGCCAGGCUGCCAUCACUGAAGUCUUUAUGAAUAUUACUGGGCCAGAUGGCCUACAGCCCAAGAUUAAAGAGUGGAUUUGUCUCCAAAAAGUAAUUUACAAGAUGGUUAUAAUCCAGGCUUGACUUUGUUUGGGAGAGUAAAAACCGACAUCAGUGAUGAUGUCAUAGGAAGGGUGACACCACACAGCAAAGAGCCUUCAGUUAUAUAUAUAUAUAUUGGGCAGUGGCUUCUUUCUUAACUAUUCUUAGCAUUUUGCAUAAAAAUCUAAUGUCAAAGGUGUUCACACUGGAUUUAGCCAGUGGCUCAAUGAUGUCAUCCUUUUGAGCGACCCUGCUGGUUGGCUAGAUAGAGGCUGUGCAGUGUCAUCUGCUGGUUGUGCAGAGCUGUUCUUGUACAUAGUGUUCAGGCCUUUCAACUAGGGCUUGACUACGUCAUCCCUUGCUCAUCCUAACACCAGUGCAGUAACUUUCCGCAAUACUGAAAGUCUGAUGUUUCAGUAUUUCCCUUCAAAUAAUGUUUCAGUAAGUUCAGUAAGUGUUAUAGGACACAUAUUUCGCUGCAGUUUAGUUGUUGAUAUAAUACUCAUGCUAUAAGUGGUAUGCUAUAAAUGGUAUGCUAUCCUGAAGUGAACAUUGAAAAUCUUUGUCAAAUGAACCUUCUCCAUUGUUCAACUGUCGGCCGAACUUUCAAUCUUGUCCAAUGAAUGAAAAUGGAAAUGUUUAGUUUCUAUUUUCUUAGGCCUAGAUUCGAUCAGAUCAAUCGUUAACCGGUGAUAGCCGACACUCGCAUAGCUGAUGUUUUGGCGGUGUCGGCAAGUGGAACUGCAUUGGAGCUGUCAAAUCGGUGAAGAGCUGCUCUUGUGAUCAUUGUCACAAAGCCACCCCUGUCCCACUCGCGUUAGUUCAGAAGGAGAAAGUUUAGCCUACAUAGAAAUAAUGACGCUCAAAUUGAAAAUCAUUAAACAAAAUAAUGAGGAUUUCUAUCAGCCUAAUCGAGGUGUAGAUUACGUCUCACAUUCCAGUCUUCGAACUCUUAAUGUGACUCCGUGCAGCCAAUGGCAAUGUCCGCUUUAUGUAUAAUGAUAGGAGAACACUUAUGCAUUUGACAGCUCUAACGCUGUUCCACCUACAGCACUGCCAAAAUUACUACUGUGUGGAUGUCGGCUAAAUCGGAUGUGAUUGAUUAGAGUCCUUUAAUUAUGUUGCACUGUUGUUGAUGAUUUUUUUAUUGUAUUUCACUUUGCCUCUAAGGGUCAACUUUGUAUGAUGUGGUGAAACAUUGAGGGGUGAAUCCUACUUAGCUUAAAGAUGAAUUUUCAUUGAGUUAUGCAUUGAUGUCAGUGGGAGACGAUGUGAAAAUUUGACUGAAGUGGAAAUUAGUGUUCGCUCUUAACACUUCAAUACUUGAAAUUCUAUUCAAAAUGGCUAAAUCCUGUAGCUGCAGACUUGUGAUCUGUGACUGUCAGGAUGCCCAUUGGCUGUUUUAAAAGAGUACAGUAUGUUGACAGUCUGCUAGAAUUAUGACAUCAGUGUUGUAAAUUUAAUUUUCAUUUACUGAGGUGUUUCGAAUUUUACAUUUCCUGUUGGUGCAUUUUAUAUUGUGUAAGGUUAUUUGUUUGAUUAUUGUUAUUAUUUUAGUUUCUAUUUGGUGUUAUUACACCGUUGAUAAUAACAUAAUGAUAAUGAAUUGUCAGUUAAGCAGGUGUUCUUGAAAGUAUACAGAAAUUAUAUGAGUUAUCUUAUUUCUGCUCCUUAAUUUACUUGAAUAUGAUGUUGACAUAGUUGGUUGCGAUAUGCCUGAUUUGAGUAGUGGUAUACUGACUGUUCCUGUAUUCAGGUGAAGACUGUUUUUCCCUCUUGCACUGGCUCAGCCUUAACGCCUUCUGUCCAGGCUUAUAGCGCUGAUGCAAUGAGAAUGUCAGAAAUGACAACAAAAUGAUUCAAAAUGUAAUAGUUUAAUAAAAAUCUAUGAAUGAAA